AUGGAACGGGUGAAGUUCGGUGCCAUAACAUUCUUUGUUUACUUUACUGUAUGCGUCCUUCUUGGUGCGCCGUUGAAUGAGCAAUGGAGAGAAACCGGUUUAAUGUCACUUGUCCUUACAUGUUGCACUGCACUACCUUUCCUCAUAUUUUUCAAAGCAAAUCUCGAAAAUUUGAAAUCUGUUUUGUCCCCAUCGUCACCUGAAGAAAAGUAUGUAGCCUUCAUUGGCUACGGGUGUAUUGUUGGUGCUUGGCUUUCAGCUGGUUUUCUGAUUUUAGAUUGGGAUAGACCCUGGCAAGCAUGGCCUAUUCCAUGUGUCGUUGGAGCUAUUCUGGGUGCUUUAAUAGGAUUAAUAACCCUCGUACUUACUCCUUAUGUAUCCUCUAUGUUAAAGUACAGAAUGUCAGGGUUUUCAAAUUCGAGAUCUUCCUCUCGGUCUUUCACAGACAAUAAAUAUCGUCUCGACUGA